AUAAAACAGUGUAUAGUCAUGUUUAAGGUAAAAUAAUAAGGAAAUAUAGGCCGAAUUCAGUGUUCUGUGUGGGAUCGUUAAAAUGAAGGUAAAAGACAUGGAACCAAAAUAUGCUGUGGAGUCAGACGGUCUACCGCUGCUGCCGCUCUCGCAGACGACGUCAGAAGACAGCCUAUACGCAGUUCCCGGACCUCCGCCGCCGGACAAGUUGUUAACUCCGAAGAACGCUAUACACUAUCAGCACCCAGAAGCACAACUACUGCUAGCUGUCAAAUGGAACCAUGUUGAAGAGGUGGAAAAAUUACUGGAGGCAGGUUUCGAUCCCAACGCUCUGUACACAAUGUCGUGGUAUGAAGCCGAAGCCCAGAUGCAGUACAUCCCGACGACACAUAACGAGGAAGAGCGGUACCGGUUCAACAUGCUACCUACCUGGCCGGCCAAUGAGAAGCCAGUCUGGAGCGCGCUGCACUCCGCGUCGGCGCGUGGGCACGUGGAGUGCGCACGCGCGCUGCUCGCUCACGGCGCGUCACCUGACGGCGCGGGCAACACGCGCCGCACCCCGCUAGAUGUCGCCGGCUCCGCGUUCUAUUACGAUCACCAUGUGUACAGUGACCAGCUAGCAGAAAUGAUCAGCCUGCUCCUCGAGGCCGGAGGCACGUUUUACACGAUGAGGGGCGACGGCUUCGAUAACCUCAAUACGCCACUGCAUACUGCUACUUUGCUUGAAAGUGCAGACGCCAUUAGAGCGCUGCUGGAAGCAGGUGCGUCUGUGGCGUGUAUAAAUAGUGUUGGGUAUACGCCACUACAUCUCUGUCUCAGGAAUAAGCUUGAAGAAUUAUUAGAGAUUCUUCUCUACUAUAACUGUGACGACGAUGAGUCUUCUCUUCGGGUAAACGUCGUGGAUAAGCGAGGAUACUCCGUUCUGAAGACGGCAGUGGAACUGAAGUGGCUGCCAGGCGUCUGUCUUGCCUUGGAGGCUGGAGCUGAUGCUGCCAGCUCCUUCGACCAUCUGGAAGAACAGGCAUGCACAGAGAUGAAAACAACUCUCAUCCACUUGGCAGUUCAAGGUCGGAACACGACGAUUUUGGAAAAAGUUUUGAGCAUAGCAGAACAAGAGAAUCUCAUAGACUGCAUUAACAGUGACGGUGACACUCCCCUUUGUGUAGCUAUAAGGAAUGGUCAUUUAGAAUGUGCCAAAGCCUUGCUGCAUCACGGCGCCGGUUUAGAAUGCGUGUCCAAAGACAACAGCAACGCCCUCCACAUAGCUGCUGCCUACGGUCGAACAGCUAUCAUGAAGUACCUUCUUGAAUCUGUCGAUGACUCUAAGAACCUCUUUGAUAAAUAUAACAAAGACGGAUUUCUUCCUAUACAUCUGGCUGCCAAAAACAACAGCCACGAUUGCGUUCAACUGCUUCUUAAAAGUGGAAACUGUCAAAGAUUGAGGACACAAGAUGAGACCUUUUCAACUGCUUUACACUUCGCAGCGCGAGGAGACUACGUUGAUGUUGCAAGAGCGAUCAUAACGAAGGAUCCCCGCGCUAUAGAUGACGUGAACCAUCGCGGCUUCACGCCUAUGCACGAAGCAGCAUUCCAUUGCAGUUACAAAAUCAUGUUAUUCCUUCUUCACGAGACUGAUGCUGUUCUAUCUAGCUUUCCUGCUGACAAUAGUAAAAACUCAGUCAUUAAAAUCAUCACAUCCCAACUGCCUAAUCCGGGUGACUUCUUUGAAACCGUGUUUGAUUCUUUCACUCUUUACAAUAAUAAACAAGAUGAGACUGAGGUAUCAGUUAAGUAUGGAUUUUUAACAACGAGAAGUCAUAAUAUGACACAAAUUCAAGUUAUAGAGGAGUUGGUACGAUGUGGUCAAAGGAAAAUACUGUUGCAUCCGUUGAUGGAAAGUCUUCUUUACUUGAAAUGGAAGACUUUGCUGCCAUUUUUCUACGUGAUGAUAACGAUAUAUGGGAUGUUCGUGCUGACUUUUAAUGUCUUUGUGGUGACUUUCUUCUUUUACUGUGACACUAAUCAAGUUGAAUAUAAACCGCUGAUAUUUCAGCACGCGUUUUGGGUGUUCAUGGCAUUUACCUACAUCAUGAUUGGACUUAUGCUUAUACUGGAAAUCUUCUACCUAGCAGUAAACAAACGCCGCUACUUCCAAAACUUGGAGACCUGGAUCCGCCUGCUCUGCAUGUCGCUGGCCGGCGUGGUGCCCCUGGGAAUGAAGUUCGCCCUGCCCUCUGAAGACUGGCCACGCCAUGUGGCCACGGCUGCAUUGCUGCUGGCUUGGCUGCAGAUGCUGUUCUUGCUUUCGAGGUUCCCGAACUGGGGGUACUAUGUACUGAUGUUUGGGGAGGUGGCGUGUAAUAUCUUUAAGAUUCUACUGACCUUCGUUUUCCUGGUCCUCGGUUUCUCCCUAAGCUUCAUGAUCCAAUACAGAGCUAAGGACCCCUUUGAAAACCCGUGGAAAGCCUUCGUCAAAACCGCCGUCAUGAUGACUCAGGAGUUCGAAUAUGAUGAUAUGUUUGAUAAGAAGCAUGAAAAAAUCUUAGGUGCCUCAACAGAAGUCACCAGGUUCCUAUUUGGCUUGUUCCUAAUGUUCGUUGGUAUAGUCCUCAUGAAUUUCAUGGUAGGUGUCGCUGUCAGCAACGUCAAUGAACUAAACGUCGCUGGCAACACGAAGAGGCUAGAGAAACAAGUGGAACUCCUCAUAACUUUAGAUUUCCUAGUAUACGGUCUAAUAAGCAAAAUCUUCCCAAUCAAUACUUUCUACAAAAGAUACCAUUAUAGUAUCAACAAUUUCCCAACCAAAGAAAAACUAUGGCGAAUCAGAUAUUACUUCGAUCUCAAUGAUUCUUUGUCACAUGACGACAUUAACAUACCUUUACAUUUACGUCGUGAUAUCAUAAAGAAAGCUAUGGAACAGAAUAACGUCAAAGUGGAUACUAAAGAUACAGUUGGCAAGAAAAUAGAUGUGCUAUACGAUGCUUUAAUAGAUAAAGUUAACGAUACCGUUGAAGAUAAAGAGACUAAGACAAAGUUAGAUGGAGUUAUGGAAAUGUUGGUUGAAUUAUCCAAUGAUAUGGCAAAUUUGAAGGAGCAGAUGCGAAGCUUGAAAGAAACAUCGUUAAAUAACCAUACUCUGAACUAUAGGAGGAGUAGACGGGGUAAAAGGGAGAGCUCCAGGUCAAAAUCUUUGCAGCCGCCAAUGAAUAUGCGGCUUAAAGAUGAUUUAUAUGACUCUAUGUAUCAGGUGAUAUUGGAUUUGAAGGAACAAAUGGAGAAGAGAGAAACAGACGCCUAA